CCCAAACUGAGACAGCCAACCGAGACAGCAACGAUGCGCUUCAACCAACGUUUGGCUGCAGGAAGUGGCGUGGCGGUGGUGGUGUGCCUGCUUCUGCUCGUCACAGUGAGCACAUACAGAGGGAUCGCUCGCCGGCGCAGACAGGUGGAUGUGUUGCAGGUGCGUCUGCAUGAUGCAAACGCGACAAAGCAGUGGGCUGAGCUGCAGAUGCGCUCCAUGCGACAGGAACUGGAGCAUGCCCGCGCCUCCCACAAGGAGCAGUUGCAGCUGUGCGAAACCAGCACCAAGCAGCGGCAGCGACAACUGGAGACCCAAGCGCAAGUGGCCAAGCUGGAGGCGAGGCACUCGGCAGCUAUGUUGAGGACGUGCACCAACACGACGUCCCAGCUUGAGCACGAGCUGGCACAAAUGAAAGCGCAGCUAACCACCUACGACAAGCAGCUGCAGGAACACCGAACACAGGCACGCAGCCUGCGAGAUGAGCUGGACGAAACGAAGCAGCAGCUGCGAGCAGAGCGCGAGAAGGCUGCGCGCAUGCAGGAAGAACUUGCAUCCGUGCAGCAGGAGUGGGAGGAUGCUUUGCACGAACGAAACAAACGCCAGCGCGACAAGCGACAGCGCGAACAAGAACAGGAGGAAGAGGAGCAGGCAGCAGCAGACCAGGACCGCAAGGAUCGCAGUGACAGUGGCUCUUGCAAGGCCAAGUUGACCAAGGCCACCGACAGCUUGCACCGCGCCGUGAUGGGGUGGGAGGCGUGCAAGGAGGAUAUGGCUGUCUUGCAGGCCAAAAUCGACUCCAAAUCACGGGCGCUGGUGGAGGCGUUGGAUGUUGCGCACACGCUGAAGACGGCGGUGGCGGCGCUUAGGGCACGGCGCGACCAGCACGACGGAGGCGAAGGGGGUGUGGAGGGUGUGGAGGGUGUGGAGGGUGUGGAGAAGCAGGUGAAGAGUAGGGAGGAGGAGGAGGAGCAUCGGGAGCAACAGGAAGAGGUGCAAGGGUAUGGGGCUGGUGGGAAGGAAGAAGAGGAGUUUGAAGAGGAAGGAGACGAAAAACAGGCUGAACGGGGAUACGAUGAAGAGCAAGGGGGAGAAGGAAAACAAGGAGGAGAAGGAGAACAAGGAGGAGAAGGUGGUGGUGUUGAUGGAGGAAAAACGGACAGGGAGUGGAGAGACGGGCAGGUCGGUGAAGACGUCGAUGCUGAGGAGGGAGACCAGGAGCAAGGGGAGGAAUGGCAGCAGCAGGCAGACGAGAACCAAGUCGACAGGAACAAGCACGUCAGUGAGGCGAAGGAGCAGCCGGAAGGUGAUGGCGGUGGUGGUGGUGACGGUGAUGGUGGUGGUGACGGUGAUGGUGGUGGGCAACAGACAACUGCGACACCCGUCCCCGCGCACGAGGAAGAAGGAGAAGAGGAGGAGGAAGGACGACAGAGGGUGGAUGGGGACGGGAAAGCCGCCAGCGACAACACUGCUGUCGUUGAUGGCGACAGUGAGGAGGAGCAAGCAGCUGAACGAAGCGCUCAUGAACAACAGCAGCAGCAGGAGUGGGAACAACAGCAGGAGUGGGAACAGCGGGAACAGAAGGAACAGCAUGAGGAGGAGGAAGAACAGCAACAAGAACAGCAACAAGAACAGCAACAAGAACAGCAGUAUCAGCAACAACAACAGCAACAACAAGAGCAGUAUCAGCAACAACAACAGGAUCAUCAGCAUCAGAAGCAGGGGUAUCAAGGACAGGAAGAGAAUGAUCGAGUGGCAUUCGUGCCAAGAGACGAAGAAGAGAAGGACGCUCGCAUGGACAAGCAACAGCCGCGCCCUGAUCGUGUCCACGGUGAUGGUGGCGACUUUGAUGCUGGUGGUGGCGGUGCUGGUGGUGAUGGGAGGCCGUUCGUGGUACGUCGUCGUGAUGUCAUCGACGAUGGUGGUGACAGCAGACACGCGCAACACCACCAGCAGCAGCAACAACAACAACAACAACAACAUGGCGAACAACAACAACAUCAUCAAGAACAACAGCAAGAUCAGCAGCAGCAGCAGGGGUGGCGAGAGCGUGUGGGUAUGAAGAAAGCAGUGUUUGCUGCUGGUGUUGAUGGUGGUGCAGAUGGUGGUGUUGAUGGAGAUGUGGGGCAGAGGGGCGGGCAGGGUGCUGGAGUGCAGCGAAGCCACGAUGAAGUGGAUGGUGACGAGCGACGCGACGACGAAGGGGAGAAGCCUGUUGCGCGCGGCUUUGGAGCGAAGCAGAGAGCACCAAUCCACGACCGUGGUGGUGGUGGUGAUGGUGGUGGUGAUGGUGGUGGUGGUGAUGUUGAUGGUGGUGAUGGUGGUGGUGGUGUCGUUCGUGAUCAGCAGCAGCAGAGGGACGAGUGGGGCAACAGCUUUGCGCAAUUCAAGUCACAGAAGAAGAAGUUACGAGGAGGAGGAGUGGGGCGCAACCACGCUCGUGUUGAGAAAGCAGGUGGUGGUGAUGGCAUGGGAAAGCGUCGGCGUGGUGAUGACGAUGAUGCAGGCAGGGUUGUGGAUGUGCAGUGAUGUGAUACGAUGGCAAGGGACCAGUUAUGCAACAACCCCCAAUGUGGCGCCCCCCUUUUUGAUUAGAAGUAAACGUUGACUGAACCUAG